AAUUGUCAAUAAAUAACAACGUUGGUUAUUUAGAUUCAUUUGACUUUUAAUUCGGUUCUUUGAAACAAACUGUUUAAAAGAGUCGACUCUAAAACCGAGUCGGACUUUCGAUCCUCAUUAUAUUCUAAUGGACGGCGGAAUGAAGCAGAUGGCAGCGAAUGGAAAGUAAACUUCAAACGGUCAGAAAUGGAUUGUCAGGAAAAGCUGGAGGUGCCCGUGUACACCGAUGUGGACAGAGAGACUUUCUUGAGGGACAUAUAUCCGCUGCGUAGACCAGCGGUUCUGAAACGCGUGCCCCUGGGGCCCUGUGUGCGCGCGUGGACGGUGAGUUAUCUCGCGCAGAAGGGGGGAGACCGCGAGGUCAAAGUGCAUGUGUCCCCAGAGCCCAGGAUGGAUUUUCUGCACAAGAACUUUGUGUACAGGACUCUGCCAUUUGACAAGUUCAUUCAGAGAGCUGCAGAGGCAAAGCACUCCGAUUUCUUCAUUAGUGAGGAUGAAAGCUACUACUUGCGCUCACUUGGAGAAGAUGUUCGUAAGGAACCAGCUGAUUUAAGGAAGCAGUUCCCUGAGUUGGCAGAGGAUUUCGAUAUACCCCAGUUCUUUGAGCCAGAGCAGUUUUUCUCCAGUGUCUUUCGCAUCAGUUCUCCUGGUCUGCAGCUGUGGACACACUAUGAUGUAAUGGACAACCUUCUGGCUCAAGUUACAGGAAGGAAGCGUGUUGUUCUGUACAGCCCCAAAGAUGCCCUUUAUCUCUACCUCACGGGAGACAAGUCUGAAGUUUUGGACAUUGACACAACUGAUCUGCAGCAUUAUCCUGAGUUUGUGAAAGCAAGUCGCUACGAGUGUAUUCUGGAACCAGGAGACCUGCUCUUCAUUCCAGCACUUUGGUUUCACAAUACCCUGGCUCUCCAGUUUGGAGUUGGUGUCAACAUGUUCUGGAGACAUCUGCCACCUGAGAGUUAUGAUAAGAAAGAUCCAUACGGAAACAAAGACCCAGUAGCAGCCUCUCGAGCCCUGCAGUCACUAGAGAGGACUUUAGGCAUCUUAGAAGAACUGCCACCUGAUUAUCAGGAUUUCUAUGCUCGUCGCAUGGUGCUGCGGAUUCAAAGCCGGGCAUACCUUAGGCAAACUAUGGAGGCAUCACCAGGAAAUUUAGACACAGCAUAGUUCUCUCACUGUUUACACUGAAAUGGAGCUAUAGACUUUGAAAAUGACAAUAAAGACAUUUUUAGUUUUUUUUAGAGAAAAAAAAAAUUCUUAAAUAUAUUAAUAUACUGGUGGUUUAAAGCAUGGUCUCAGUUCAACAGUUCUGGAGCACGUGCAGUAACUAUUAGGACACAGUUCACAGACACUGUAAUCCUAACCCUAAACAUAUAGUAAGUACAUGUAGUUCAUUUAUAUUACUCUGUGCUUGAAUGUAUAAUUACACUUUAACAAGGACCCCUUAAAAUAAAGUGUAACCAAAUUGUUUCAAAAA